AUGCCUAAGUACUUCUGCGAGUACUGUGAUAUCUUCCUAGCUCACAGUAGCUUCUUCGGAAGGAAGCAGCAUUCCACUGGUCGGAAGCAUAUCCAGAAUAAAAUUGAUUACUAUACCGAGCAGAUGAAGGAGAAGGGCGUAGGUGUGCCCAACUAUGAUGAUCAACCUGAGGCCAAGGCCCUCGGCCCAGUGAACUACCCCUCCGCCGUCCCUACCAUUCAGGGUUCACACCCGUACGCACCGCCCUUCGCUGGAAAGGGCUUCGGAAAGGGCAAGGGCAUGCCUUUCUUCGGGAAGGGUUUCGGAUUCCCCAUGAUGGGCAAGGGCCUCCCAAUGCCUCCUCCUCCCGGACCCUUCGGUAAUCGUCCCCUCGGUUGA